AUGACAAGUGAAGAAAAUUACUUCGUUGAAGAAAAAGGAAUUGAUCAAGAUCGUGUUGUUGAUGACCGACAUCAUGUGGUCAAUGAACUUUGUUGCGCAAUUUGUCAAGGUCUAUUAUGGAAGCCAAGAUCAUGUGCUUCUUGUCAACAUUUAUUUUGUAACCAAUGUAUUCGAACAUGGCUUAAGUUCAAUCCAACUUCAUGUCCGUUUCGUUGUUCUCCAUAUGAAGAAAAACGUGCACCACCACAUAUUCACUCUCUUCUAGGUCGUUUAUCCAUUCAUUGUCGUAAUAAUUUAUUUGGUUGUACAGAAAUUCUAUCCUACGAUUUAUUAGAACAACAUGAAAGUGUAGAAUGUCAAUUUCCAACUAAACAUUGCAACACAUGUGGAAAAUAUAUACUAAUAAGUGAAAUUGAUCAGCAUAAAAUGCUUUGCAUACCUGCAACGAUUCAAUGCUUCAUAUGCAAAUGUUUUGUUGACCGAACUGAAUAUCGACGACACACGAUUAAAUGUUGCCAAGAAAGAUUAGAUCUCUUAAUUGAACAGAUGAUACCAUCACCAGAUGAUUUUGAAAUACCCGAGAAUAAUAAUUUCACUUUUCCACAGGAACAUGACAAUGGAACAGGAUUUACUCAAUUAUAUAAUCAAUUACAACGAUUUCUAUCUGUGAUGCCUAAAGUCAACCUAGUUGAAUUCGAUGCAGUUGUGCAAGCUCGUCAACAAAAUUGUUCUGCUCGAAUUUGGACUAUGCUUCGAUUGAUUCUGUUCAAUAAAUCACAAGCCGCUCAAAUUAUGUUUAUUCUUUUCUGGUUUGGCAUCGGAAGUGUCGUAGGUCUUUUGGUAUGUCUUUACUUAUUCAUACAACGACAAGUUGCAAUUGCUAUGUGUCGAUCAUUUGUCUUUAUUAUUCUGUUCAGUGGAUUAUUCAGUUUUGGCCUUCCUGUUCUACUUGCAUCUGUUAGUGAUACAUGGAUCAUUCUACUUACUAUCGUCAGUUUGAUAUUAUUGAGUUCGGCAUCUCCAGGGCUACAGUUAGACUAUAUGCAACUAGAUCAAAGCAAUAAAUUGUUAUUAGUGUUAUAUUUUAUUAGCCUUCUUGGUUUCAAACUAUCUGUAUUAAUGAUACGCUUCUACUGUAGUUGUAUACCUUCGUAUAUAACGGCAGGUUGUCUAGCUUGGAUUACUAUUUUUGUAACAUUUCAUGUUCGUCGUUUUUCUAUUGGUACAAGAUAA